GCUUUGGAUGGCGGUGGUUUGGCGGAGAACUUCGCUCUGGAACGACUGGACAGGCAAGGCCGUAACGCCAUCAACGUGAAGGUUCUGGGCAUCUUCGCCUCGUUACUGGCGGAGUAUUCGCAACCGAUCUAUAUCUUUCAGAUGAUGUGCAUCUGGUGCUACCUCUUCUUUGACUCCUGGAACAUUGCACUGCUGUGGGUUUUUCUGGUCUUUGGCAGUGGUGCUUGGACCAGCUUGAUGAUCCUGCGUCGAAAUCAACAGCAGAUCGCUGAGAUGGCCGCCGCGGGAGGACAUCGCUUGGAGAAGGUACUGCGUGAUGGACAGUGGAAGGACGUGCCUGCCACGGACUUGACCUUGGGCGAUGUGGUGCAGGUCAAGGACGGCGUGGUCUGUGCUGACUUGGCGCUGGUGGCUGGCAGUGCGGUGGUCAACGAGAGUAUGUUGACAGGCGAGCCCAUGCCCUUGCAAAAGGUGUCGCUGGAGCAGAAUUCGGAGGCACUGUUCGACUAUAAGACGCACGGCAAGAAGCACGGUCUCUUUGCAGGCACCGAAGUGCUCCAGAGCGUGGCCGACGAAGCCAGCAACGCCAACCGCGGCUCGACGCUGGCGCUGGCCGUGGUGGUCGCCAUCGGGGCUCGGACCACCAAGGGGAGACUGAUCCGAAUGGUUCUCUAUCCAGCUUUGGUGAAGUUCAAAUACACUGAGCAGCUGCCAGUGGUCUAUGCAUUUAUGACGUUGUGGGCGACGAUUUGUUUCAUCGCCACGAUGACCUUCCAGGGACAAGGAUGGGUCAAUGGUUUCUUCGUAGGGAUUUCCUUCCUGACGCAGUCGAUGAAUCCCAUGAUGGCGGUCUCCUUCACGUUGGGCCAAAGUGCUGCUGCUCUGCGGCUGAAGGAGAAAAACAUCAGCUGUUUGAACAUUGGCAGGAUUCCCAUUGCGGGCAAGAUCAGCACCAUGGUCUUCGACAAGACGGGCACCAUUACCCAUGGAGGCAUGGACCUGGCUGGCGUGCGCCCCGUGGACGAAGGCCGUUUCGAGGCCGAGGUGUCGGCGAAAGAUCUGCAUAAUCUGGAGCCAAAGAACGUCUUCCUUAAGGCUUUGGCCAGCUGUCACACCGUGUCCACCAUGCGAGAUGGCUCCUUUGUGGGAAAUCAGGUGGAAAUCGUGACCGUGAAGGCCCUCCAGUGGCGCCUUUCAGCCCCCGGCCAAGCGCGGGUCAUCGCCUCCCCUGACGGCCAGACGCAGCUGGAAGUGUUGAGACAACUUGAGUUUGACCACCACCGCAUGACCAGCGGCGCCUUAGUUCGCUGUAAAGAGACUCAACGUGUUUUAGCAUUCUUCAAAGGGGCCUACGACAAGAUCUCACAGAUAGCAGAUCCAUCCAGUGUGCCUGCGGACUACAAAGAUCUGUGUGAGUCAUACGCAUCGCAAUGCUACUACGUCUUAGCGAUGAGUUGGAAGGAGCUUCAAGUGGACGAUGCGCAACUGGGAGAUAUCACCAGAGAUUCACUGGAGCAAGGCCUCAAAAUCUGCGGACUUCUCUUCUUUCGCAACGAAAUGAAAGCGGAUAGCAGGGAGGUCAUUAAGGAGUUGAAAGAAGGAGGCGUUAGCUGUGUGAUUUGCACGGGGGACAACACCACCACAGGAGUAAGCAUCGGCCGGCAGUGUGGCAUCGUUUCAGACAAGGCACGUGUGUUGGUUGGAGAAUUGGCAGAGCCAGACACCUUCAAACCCUCGAAGCUGCACUGGCGUGAUGCAGAUGAUAAGGAGGCUGAAGUCCCUCACUGGCAGUUCGACAACGCCGAGUUGGCACUGAGUCAGUCGGCUUUCCGAUGGUUAGUGCGUGAGAAGCCUGAAGAGCUGUCCGAGAUGUUGCCGUCCAUCAAGGUCUUUGGCAGAAUGAAACCAGAUGACAAAAUCAAGGUGAUCAACCUCUGGCAAGACUAUGGUGAUGGUGUGGUCACCGGCAUGGUGGGCGACGGCGGCAACGACUGCGGCGCCCUUCGCACGGCGCAUGCAGGGCUGGCGCUGUCCGAAGCGGAAGCCUCCAUGGUGUCUCCCUUCAGCAGCAGCAAGGGCUUGUCCGAGCAAGGCUUCAUUAGCCUCGCGGCGGUGGUGGAUCUCAUCAAGGAGGGACGCUGUUGCCUUGCCACCAACAUGGCGACAUUCAUGUAUUUCAUGAUUUACAAUCUCACCCUGACAACCUCCAAAAUGCUGGCUGUCAUAUGGAUGGACUCCACCUAUGCAGAAUGGCAGUUCAUGCUAACAGAUGUGGCGCUCGCUAUGGUCAUGGUGUCGUUUAUGGUUCGUUGUCGACCGAUCCAAAGACUGUCGAUGACUUCUCCCAGUGCUUCGCUCUUUGGGAUUGGCACCAUGGUGACCAUCCUCAGCGCCUUGUUGAUUUUUUGGCUCACCGCGGGCGUGGCAGUAUUGAUGCUUCAGUAUGGACCAGGUCGAUCCUUUUACGAGUUCAGCACCUCGAUUUUGCUGGAGAUUCCACCCCAGCAAUGGACCCGGAAGGCCGACAACUACCUGAUGGCCACACUGUUCCUGGUGAAUCUCACGGUGCUGCUGAACGCUGGCUUUGUGCUUUGCUAUGGCCACAUUCAUCGGCAGAUGGUGGGCAAGAAUUGGCGAAUCUGCAGUUUCUACAUUCUGGGUAUCCUUUUUACGCUUGCUCUGACUUGGUCGAAUCCCUCGGAGUUCAGUUGUACCUUCCGAGUGAAUUGCGAUUCGGCGGCGUCGCAGAAGAUGAGCCUUCCACUUCUCAGCAAACCGGUGGGUGGCGUGAUCUUUUCCAGGGGCAACUUGGGCGGUUGCUUCUGGGGCCCACAGAUGUUGAGCUGCAAAAGCCAGGAGCAUCGGUGCUGGGUGACCCCUCCGAACAAUGCCAACUUACCUCCCAGUUGGGCGGCGAGAAACAGUACCCUUCGGCCCAAGGCCCCUUUUGAUACACGAGAAGAGAAGAUGAAGUUCUGCAAGAAACAUCCGUAUCGCGCGGAUGCGAAGGACUUGGGAAACCAAUGGUGUUGGCUGCCUGUCGACGACGCGUUGAGCCGUGGGUGCGGUCCCAGCCCCACCAGGGACCUGGGUCCCAUGGUGGAGGGAUGCCAUGGUCCCAACAACUGCUACAGUCGGAACUUCAAGUUCUAUUUGACUGGCAUCUUGAUCCUCUGCAGCGUCUCCCUCCACGCAAUGUACAAGUUGGGCAUCUUGGGCCUCGAGUGA